AAGAGAAAUCUUUUGUUGUAUAGCCGCAGAUUGGAUAUUGGGAAGCAAAUUUGGGUGUGAAAUCUUCGGCAAAGGAGCACGCAGAGUCCAUGAUGGCUCAGACCGAGUGAGUGCGAGGCAGAGCGAGGACGCCCCUCCGCUCCCGGCGCGCCCGGACUCGCGGACUCGCGCUGGCUCCAGGAUCUCCACGAUUUCUCUCGCAGACUUUUCCCGGGUCUUGAGCGAUCCUGUGCCCAGAGGGGGCCCGAGCUGCACAAGCCCGCAAUGAAGAAAAGUCCGGAUCUCUCUGACUAUCUUUGGGCCUGGACCCUCCUUCUGAGCACAUUGACUGGAAGAAGCUUUGGGCAACCCUCAUUACAAGAUGAACUUAAAGACAAUACCACUGUCUUCACCAGGAUUUUGGACCGACUCCUAGAUGGUUAUGACAAUCGCUUGAGACCGGGAUUGGGAGAGCGUGUAACUGAAGUGAAGACUGACAUCUUCGUCACCAGCUUCGGACCCGUUUCAGACCAUGAUAUGGAAUAUACAAUAGAUGUAUUUUUCCGUCAAAGCUGGAAGGAUGAAAGGUUAAAAUUUAAAGGACCCAUGACAGUUCUCCGGUUGAAUAACCUAAUGGCAAGUAAGAUCUGGACUCCGGAUACGUUUUUCCACAAUGGAAAGAAGUCAGUGGCGCACAACAUGACCAUGCCUAACAAACUCCUGAGGAUCACGGAGGACGGCACCCUGUUGUACACCAUGAGGCUAACGGUGAGAGCUGAAUGUCCAAUGCAUUUGGAAGACUUCCCUAUGGAUGCCCAUGCCUGCCCACUAAAAUUUGGAAGCUAUGCUUAUACGAGAGCAGAAGUUGUUUAUGAGUGGACCCGAGAGCCAGCACGCUCAGUGGUUGUAGCAGAAGAUGGGUCACGCCUAAACCAGUAUGAUCUUCUUGGACAAACAGUAGAUUCUGGAAUUGUUCAGUCCAGUACAGGAGAAUAUGUUGUUAUGACCACUCAUUUCCACCUGAAGAGAAAAAUUGGCUAUUUUGUUAUUCAAACAUAUCUGCCAUGCAUAAUGACGGUUAUUCUCUCCCAAGUCUCAUUCUGGCUCAACAGAGAGUCUGUACCAGCGAGGACAGUCUUUGGAGUAACAACUGUGCUCACCAUGACAACUUUGAGUAUCAGCGCCAGAAAUUCCCUCCCUAAGGUGGCUUAUGCAACUGCUAUGGAUUGGUUUAUUGCAGUGUGCUAUGCCUUCGUGUUCUCAGCUCUGAUUGAGUUUGCCACAGUAAACUAUUUCACCAAGAGAGGUUACGCAUGGGAUGGCAAAAGUGUGGUUCCAGAAAAGCCAAAGAAAGUGAAGGAUCCUCUCAUUAAGAAAAACAACACUUAUGCUCCAACAGCAACCAGCUACACCCCUAAUUUGGCCAGGGGUGACCCUGGCUUAGCCACCAUUGCUAAAAGUGCAACCAUAGAACCAAAAGAAGUCAAGCCGGAAACAAAACCACCAGAACCCAAGAAGACCUUUAACAGUGUCAGCAAAAUUGACCGACUGUCAAGAAUAGCCUUCCCCCUGCUAUUUGGAAUCUUUAACUUGGUCUAUUGGGCUACAUAUUUAAACAGAGAGCCUCAGCUAAAAGCCCCCACCCCACAUCAGUAGGUCCUUUAUUCACAUUCUGUUGUUCAGUCCUCUGCACUGGGAAUUGCUUUCUGUUCUCAACACGGUAAUUCCCAUCUGCUUUAUUGCCUCUGUCUUAAAGAAUUUGAAGGUUUCCUUAUUUCCCUGAUUCAUACAAGAACAACAGACCCCUGUUCGGCUGUCCAGAGCAGAGCAGAGUAUACAGCUGAGAGACAGGAAGGAUUCUGAGAGAGGGAGCAAGAGGGCAAAAUCACGACAGAAGGAGACAGGAUGAAAGAGAGAGGAAAUGAAGGGGAAGUAGGUCCAAAGAUAUGAGGAAAAGUAGAAGAAAAAUAAAACUGAACUAUCACUCCAGGUCAUUUGUAGAUAUGUAUUUCCAAAUACUCUUAAAAAAAGAUACUGUAUAUGUCAAAAAUAUUUUUAUGUGAAGGUGUUUAAAAAAAUAAAUUAUAAAUGUU